AUGUCAGGAAAAGGUAUUGUGUUAUGUGCGCUGUUGGUUGCACUCCUGGCAUCCUGUGCAGCUGGAGAGUCCGACGAGACCAAUCUGCUACAGAAGUUUCUUGCGAAGAGGGAAAACGUGAGAGGCUCGGUUGUCAGACAGGAGUUGGCACCUCAGGCUCACUCCGCUCGGGUGGUGAGACGGGCGCACCUAUCUGAGGAUGAGCGGGAGAUUGUGACCAAACAAAUCAUGCAAGCAAUUUCAGAAAUGAUGAACUCUGAGUGCAUGUCGGAUCGGGACUACCAGGGCUGGGUGGACUUUGGACGCCGGGAUGCAGAAUGAGACAAUGCCAACAACAACCUGAGAGCUCAGAUUCACUGCUUUUUGUUUGCAUUUUAUAUGAAGUCAAUGUUUUACUCUCAACUUUGUAAAUAAAACUGUUUUGCAGAAUUAUCAUAAUCAUCAAAUCUGUCUUUAUCCCUGGCAUGAGGUAAAAGUGAGAAACUGUACUGGACGGAAAUGCAAAGUUUUAUUCACAGGUGGUACGAUUGAUACACUGACAUAUACAGCGGUGAUGCUAACACAGAACAGAGCAAACAGUAGUUCAAAGAAACAGUGGUUUGGUUGAUUUAAG